UGUGACGGGAAAUCUGAAAAAUUUUGCAAAAUUUUCUGAGAACUAAACAUCACCCCCAAAUCCCAAAACAGUUUUACUCUUGUUGCGUAUGAGCAAUUUAUUACCAGCUCAAGCGGUUGGUGCAGGAAGAAGGAGAGCGGGCGAUAAAAUGAACCAGGCAAGUCCUAACCUCCAUAAACAAUUGGGGGCAAUGCCAACCGCGGGCGGUUGUAUUGUGAUGUUUUGGAGGAACAGGCAGGUAUCAGUCACUCUCUAUCAGCUCAGAACUACUAUCCUCCUCGGAGCCACUGCCAUUGCUUUUGUGUUGCACGCUUCAUGGUGGUGCACCCUGCAUGAUUCGAGUAUAAAUAGCCCUACCAGGCUUGCUAGUUGCUACCAGAGCCUUUCACCAGAGAUCAGAGACAGAGAGACAGAGAGAGAUGGUGAUGAUGAUGAUGCGCGGCCCGAUCCUUCUCCUUCUGCUCGUCGGAGUUGGAGUGUGUGUGUUCGCUGAUGCCAAGACCACCACGACGGAGGUCUGGCAGUGGCAGGACGACAAGGCAACAGUGACCAUGACGUUGGACGUCACUCUCGGCGUUCAACACUUCAAGGCCACCAUGUCCCAGCUCGAGCGCCAAGCGGCGCUCACGACCACCAAGCCCCAUAUCGAAAAGAGACCCGUCCUGGGCAAACAGAAGGCGAGGCCGGACAACUGGGCCCACGUUACCGUCAAGGGUAAUGGCGGGAUCCAGUCAACCUUGGCCAUACGGCUGGAUAAUAUGUAUCUCGUCGGAUUCAAAACCGGCGCCAAUUGGUAUGCCUUCGACGGUAAGGAAAAUCUCAUCCAAGGAUCCACUAAGCUCGGCUUCGGGGAUACAUACAAGUCAUUGACAGGGGGCUCGUACCUCGACCUGACAAGGGUUGAGGUUGGGAAGAAACCCGCUGAGGACGCGCUUGCCACUCUGGCGAGUUACCAUCAUGGAUCCACUCCACAGAAAGAAGUUAAGAAGGCGCUCGUCACCUUUGUGCUCAUGCUUUGCGAAGGCUCUCGCUUGACGCUCGUCCGUCAGGACGUUAUUGCGGCUUGGGAUAAGGGGGGCAAGGUUGGCACAACAGCCGUGAAGCUCACGACGAACUGGCGUAUCGUGUCUUGCGCCUUGCUCCACUGGAGCAAGUCCAAGAAAUGGAAUUCGGCUGAAUCCAAGGAAAUUGAGAAGGUCGGGGAUCCAGAGAUGAAGACCCCCGCGGCGGCGGCCGCCAAUAUCUACCUUAUACUACAGGCAGAGGAGUGCUCACCGGAUGCCACCCCCACUGAAAAAGAGCCCCAAGUGUACUAGGCCUAACAAU